CAGGAGAGGCAGAAGAGGAGGAGGUGGGGAGACUGGGCGAGAAAGAAGCAGGAGAGGAGGGAGACCGGGAGGAGGAGAGAGAAGCAGGAUGGAGACAUGGGGUUAGGUGGCUCCGGGGAGCUGAAGAAAAGAGAGCAAAGAGGGGGUGUGGAUUAGAAACCAGGAGGUAACCCCGGGGAGAAGCAGGAGGCAGAGAAAGGGGUAGGAAGAUCGGGAGGUAGAGGGAGGCUGGAGGGUUGGGGAAAAGAGAAAAGGAAGGAGGAGAGGCACAGAGAGCUGGGAGAGCAGGGAGGAGUGUAUUUGGGGGGUCUCAGUUCCCUGCUGCCUCGGUGUUUGGGGAACUGGACUCCCUGUAGGGAGGAGAGGCAGGCUGGAAGUCCUGGAGGGACAGGGUCCCACAGAGCAGGGAAGGAGGAGCUGAGAGAGGGUUGCUCAGAGGCCUCCCAGGGAUGGGGGUUGCUGCUCGUCUGAGCGUUCCUAGGGCGCUGGUACUCUGGGCCGCACUGGGGGCGGCAGCUCACAUUGGACCUGCACCUGACCCCGAGGACUGGUGGAGCUACAAGGAUAAUCUCCAGGGAAACUUCGUGCCAGGGCCUCCCUUCUGGGGCUUAGUGAAUGCAGCCUGGAGUCUGUGUGCUGUGGGGAAGCGGCAGAGCCCUGUGGAUGUGGAGCUGAAGAGGGUCCUUUAUGACCCCUUUCUGCCCCCACUGAGACUCAGCACUGGGGGAGAGAAGCUUCGGGGAACGUUGUACAACACUGGCCGCCAUGUCUCCUUCCUGCCUGCGCCACGGCCUGUGGUCAAUGUGUCUGGGGGGCCCCUCCUCUACAGCCACCGACUCAGUGAACUGCGACUGCUCUUUGGAGCACGUGAUGGAGCUGGCUCUGAACACCAGAUCAACCACCAGGGCUUCUCUGCUGAGGUGCAGCUCAUCCAUUUCAACCAAGAACUCUACGGGAACCUCAGCGCCGCCUCCCGGGGCCCCAAUGGCCUGGCCAUUCUCAGCCUCUUCAUCAAUGUGGCUGGCAGCUCGAACCCCUUCCUCAGCCGCCUCCUUAACCGGGACACCAUCACCCGCAUCUCCUACAAGAAUGAUGCCUACUUUCUUCAAGACCUGAGCCUGGAGCUCCUGUUCCCCGAAUCCUUCGGCUUCAUCACUUAUCAGGGCUCCCUCAGCACCCCGCCCUGCUCAGAGACUGUCACCUGGAUCCUCAUUGACCGGGCCCUCAAUAUCACCUCCCUCCAGAUGCACUCCCUGAGACUCCUGAGCCAGAAUCCUCCGUCCCAGAUCUUCCAGAGCCUCAGCGGUAACGGCCGGCCCCUGCAGCCCUUGGCCCACAGGGCCUUGAGGGGCAACAGGGACCCCCGGCACCCCGAGAGGCGCUGCCGAGGCCCCAACUACCGCCUGCAUGUGGAUGGUGCCCCCCAUGGUCGCUGAGACUCCCCUUCGAGGAUUGUGCCUGUCCUUUCCAAGCCUCCCAACACGGGGAGGGGAGUCACCCCCAAAACAAAGCUAUUAAAGGGACAGAAUAC